CACAAAGCGCUGUCAGUGUGUAGCGAACUACGGAAGCCGCAGAAGAACAUAAUAACAGAACGCAAAACCCGCUGACUGCGUUGGAGAAAACUAAACAUGGAUGAUGUUUAACUAGUAAUUAAAGCCAUUUGUGCAACAUCUUUAGAAAAUCUGCAACAUAAAUUAGUUAUCCAGGACUGCACGUAAUAUCUAAUGUGAAAACGCUGUAAUAUAACAUUAGAUAAGAGUCUAAAAUAAGUGAAUUGUCCAGCUAAGUUCCAGCACAGAUCAUGGAGUCCUGGAAGAGUCACGUGCGGGCAGAGCUGUUUCACAGAGACUGCAAACAGAGAGAUCCUUUCUCUGGCCUGUUUGGCAAGGUGUCCAGGCUGGAGGAGAUGCUGACUCUUCACAUGAAACUCAGUGACAAAGGAAGCUCCAGAUGCCCAGAUGAAGGCGGCAUCCUUCAUUUGAGAGUCAAUGAGCUGGAAUUUCUUAAUCAACAGCUCAAGCAGAACAUCUCGGAUCUGACUAGCAAUAUAUACCUGAAGGAAGCAGAGUUGCAAUACUGUCACUCACAAGUUGCCCGCUACAGGACCGAAGCGGUUGUAUUGGCCCAGGGGGCUUCCAGUCUGAAGGCUGAAUUAGAGGAAUAUGAGUAUCAGCUGGAGUGUCAAUCAAAGGAACUGACAGCACUGAGACUGGAGCACAGCUCACUGAGAGAAGAGCUGACGGCCGCAAACCUCCAGAACGAGCAGCUCCUCGAGCGCUGGUUAGAGGAGAAGAAAGAGGAGGCUGAGAGGAUUAAUAAAUAUAAUGCAACACAAGAAAGAUGGCAACGUUUGGCAGGUCGACUGAAGAAGCGGCAUCGUGUCAGAUCUCGUGCAGCGUGUGCAGCAGACAAACCGACAGAGUCCAAAACUCAGCCCCCUUCUUCUUAAGACUUGAUUAUCUGUUAAUGUUAAUCUUAUGUUUUAGGCAAUUUUUCUAUGCUUUUGGAGAUUAUCACACACACGCACGAUAGUAAGUACACCUGAGAGCAAACACACUGGAUUUUCUUGCUGUUGAUAUUCUUAGCAUCCAUAUUUAAUAACACAGUAACACAGCCAUGUUGUAUUUCUAAUAGUUUUAUUUAAAAAAAAUUAAAUAAAAAUUCUGUUUUAAAAUUAAAAUAUAAUGGCAAACAGUGUAUCCUUUGUGUAUGAAAUCUGUAAUAACACAACUACUUUCCUUGCUUCUGAGGGAUGUUACAUUUCUAGACAUUUACUUUUUUUUUAAACCAAUGCAGCAGUCCAACAAAUUAAAAGCAGCACUUUCAUAUAUUUACA